AUGAAACUUGAGCCAGGAACGGUUGAAGCCCUCUAUAACAGCCAGACUACCAAUCCUUUGUAUAAGAACCCCAUUCUCCAGAUUACAUCGCUAGGAAAGCUCUCGGUUGCCAUUGGGGACAAGCAGAGAUACCGAGUCAAUCUCUCCGACGGUGUACACUACAUGAAAGGAAUCUUCUCCAGUGAGCUUACAGCCCAUUUUGAGAAAGGGCUUGUGAGUAGAUAUAGUCUCAUCAGGCCUGGAAGGUUCAGUGUAAGGUCUAAGGACGGAAGUGUGUAUAUAUAUAUCCAGGAGAUCCAGGAGUACGAGGACUGCAAUGUCGAGAUCGGAAAGCCUGUGAACAUAAGCACAGGAAAUGCGUCUUUCAACGACAACCAGCUGAGCCCAGGAAUCCAAAAACGUGUAGAUGGAGGGAACCAGCAUGGUAAAGCAUUGGACGAGGAAGACAAAAAAAGAGUGAAAAAAGACAUUAAGGACGAAGGAGAGUUUACAGCCAUAAACAUGUUGAAUCCAUUUCACAACAAAUGGAUGAUCAAGGGGAGAGUGGUGUUGAAAGGAGAUAUAAGAAGAUUCAGUAAUCAGAAGGGAGAGGGAAAGGUCUUUAACUUUGAGAUUUCCGACGGAACUGCGCAAGUGAAGAUAAUAUGCUUUUCCGACUGCGUAGAUAUAUUCUUUCCGAUAGUUGAAGUUGGGAAAGUUUAUUCUGUUUCAAAAGGUACUGUUAAGAUGGCCAACAAGCAGUACUCUACAAAUCCAUUUGACUACGAGAUCAUUCUGGAUAAGAAUUCUGAAGUUCGGUGUACUGUCGACGAUGGAUCACCUCGAUACUUCUUCAACUUCAUCAAGCUUUCAGAUCUAUCGCUUGGAAAUGCAUACUGCGAUGUGAUUGGAGUUGUCAGAGAAGUAUAUGCACCUUCAACCGUAAUGGUUAGAAGCACCCAGAACGAGCUCCUCAAAAGAGAUAUAAUCCUUGUCGAUGAAAGUGGAAGCGUAAGACUAACUCUGUGGGGGCCAAAGGCAGAGCUGGAUAUUGAAGGGGGAGUAGUUCUUGGGCUGAAAUCUGUAAAGGUUAGUGAGUUUAACGGAAUUUCAAUAUCAACUACAGGAGGCUCCCAGGUUGUGAUCAACCCAGAUAUUCCGGAAGCACAUGAGCUUGCAGGUUGGUACCAGUCGACCGGUAAGGACAUGCAAGUUGCUCUCCCUCGAAAAGAGGAAAAAAGAAGACUAAUACAGGAAGUCAAGGAGAAUGAGCUGGCAUAUUCAACCAUUCAAGGAACGGUGAUGUUUUUGAAAGAAGAUGCGCUUUGGUAUACAUCAUGCAAGGGGGAGGGAUGCAACAAAAAGGUUGUGAUGGAGGACAGUGGAAACUACAGAUGCGAAAGAUGCAAUAUGACAUAUGAAGACUGUAACUACAGAUACAUGGUCACUAUGCAUCUCGGAGACUUUACUGGACAAGUAUGGCUGAGUCUCUUUGACGAAGCUGCAGCCAGCUUUUUUGGAAUACCUGCUCAGGAGAUGAAGAGGAUGAGCGAGGAGUCCCCAGCAGAGCUUCAAGCAUUGAUCAAAGGAAUGUAUUUCAAGGAAUACCUCUUUAGAAUCAAGUCAAAGCAGGACAGCUACAAUGAUGAGAUUAGGAUGAGAUACAGUGGGCUGAGUUCAAGCCCCCUGGACAUCCGAAAAGAAUCUAAACGACUUCUUGAUGCGAUUGAAAAGGCUUAG